AUGAUGUUAUCCCAGUUACGAAGCAAAGCUGAAAAGUGCGAAAUUCCCCUAAUGGUGUAUAACCAGGCAUUCAUAUAUUUUGAUCAGUAUACUGCAAUAUUAGAAAAUACUGUUCGAAAUGUCAUUGUUGCAUCAACCGCUAUGUUCAUUGUUUCCUUAUUGUUAAUUCCUCACCCACUGUGUUCCUUGUGGGUGACUUUUGCUAUUGCUUCUGUGAUUGUGGGAGUAACGGGUUUCAUGGCAUUCUGGAAUGUCAAUCUUGAUUCCAUAUCCAUGAUUAAUCUUGUCAUUUGUAUAGGGUUUUCUUUCGAUUUUUCUGCACACAUUUCUUAUGCAUUUGUUUCCAGUUCUAAGCCCUCGGUAAACCAAAAAUGAAUUGAGGCAUUGUAUCUGCUAGGCUAUCCAGUGUUACAAAGUGCACUUUCAACAGUAAUAGGGGUGUGUGUUUUAUCUGCAGCUAAAGCAUACAUCUUCAGGACAUUUUUAAAGAUUAUGUUUCUUGUUAUGGUAUUUGGGGCUGCUCACGGCCUAAUUUUUAUUCCAGUAUUCUUAACCUUUUUUUGAAGGUUUGUUUGAAUAUCCGUUAACAAAUCAAAGACCAAUUUUAGAAUUCCUGAUUGCCAGAAUCCAAUCUGAUAAAAAUGCACUAUCAGAAAUAGUCAAUAAACUUAAAAGAAAGGCAUGUUUCCUUGGCUUGCAAACCCCAUUUAAAUAUGUUAUUCAAAAU